UGGAUCAAACGUUGUCAUUUGGUCCUUACCUGGCGAGCGGAAUGCAUUUCAGUUGCACGGAUACAAUUUACGCAUUUCGUUUCACUAGCUACUUUGACGAACAGAAAAUGAUCAUUUAAAACUGUCUGGUCGUUUUGGGCUGUAUUUGAAAGUUUUUGUCCUCGACCCCGAAUGACGGUGGGAUCACAGAGCGGCGCAGGGUAACAAAGCAGGAGGAAUAACAACACACUGAAGUGGAAAUCCGUCUGUGCCAUGUCUAAUGUCUGAUGUGUCCCAAAAGGCUCUGAGGUUGUUUGAUUUUUUUGUUAUUCUGAACUCAGACUGACAAGUGGGAUUCUGUCUGCUGGACCUACAGAAUGCAACACAUUUCCAGCCUACACAAUGUGCAGCCAAACGAGAAGUGGAGCAGUCUGAGAAGUGCUCUUGACAUUUAAUCCCCACCGCAGCGACGUCUUUUGAAGUCUUGAAACCUUCUUAGACGAAAUGAUUUUAACUUUUGUCAUUAUAUUGUUCACCAUAGAUUCAGGGUUGCCUUUGAAGGGCAACAGCAAUUCAGAGUCCCGGAACGUCCGACUGGACUGCGUAAAAGCCAGCGAGCAAUGUCUGAAGGAGUACUCCUGCAGCACCAAGUACCGGACCAUGAGGCAGUGCGUGGCGGGGCGGGAGAGCAACUUCAGCGCGGUGACCGGGGCAGAGGCGCAGGGAGAGUGCCGCAGCGCCAUAGAAGCCGUCAAGCAAAGCCCCCUCUACAGCUGCAGGUGUAGGAGAGGCAUGAAGAAGGAGAAGAACUGCCUCCGGAUAUUUUGGAGCAUUUUUCAAAGUUUACAAGGUAAUGAUUUACUGGAAUACUCUCCAUAUGAACCAGUCAAUAGCAGGCUCUCAGACAUCUUCCGCCUGGCUCCCAUCAUAGCUGCUGAGCCCGCGUCCACAAAGGAGAACAAUUGUCUCAAUGCUGCCAAAGCCUGUAACCUGAACGACACUUGUAAGAAAUAUCGCUCGGCUUACAUCAACCCCUGCACGAGCAGGGUGUCUGCUUCUGAGGUCUGCAACAAGCGCAAAUGUCACAAGGCUCUACGACAGUUCUUUGACAAGGUUCCAACCAAAUACAGCUAUGGGAUGCUGUUCUGCUCCUGUCCAGCCGGAGACCAGACAGCCUGUGCUGAGCGCAGGCGGCAAACCAUCGUUCCAGUCUGCUCCUACGAAGAUAAAGACAAACCUAACUGUCUUUCCCUUCAGAACACAUGCAAGACCAACUACAUCUGCAGGUCAAGGCUGGCAGACUUCAUCAGCAGCUGUCAGCCAGAAGUUCGUUCCAUCUCCGGCUGUCUCAGAGAGAACUAUGCUGACUGCCUGCUGUCUUACUCUGGUCUUAUUGGUACAGUGAUGACACCCAAUUAUGUGCGAUCUGUGGGCAUUAGCCUGUCACCGUGGUGUGACUGCAGCAGCGGUGGGAACAGCAAGCAAGACUGUGAUAAAUUUGCAGAGUUUUUCACCAACAAUCGAUGUCUGCGUAAUGCCAUCCAGGCAUUUGGAAAUGGUACAGAUGUUGGAGUAUGGCAACCCCAACCCCCAAUUCAGCCUACCGUAGAGCCAAGCUUUACUCGAAGGGGUAAAACGUGGACAAACAAUGCUCUGAAUACUCUUACGGAUGUGACUAAAGUCGAUAUUAAUGGAGCCACAUACGACAUUUGUGGGACCUUACAGGCCCAGAAACUGGUGACAAAUCAAACCAUGGACACUGAUCUUUGUGUGAACAAUCACCUGGAUGACUCCAGUGCUUCAAAUGCCAUUCCCAGGAGCUCACCAGCUGAACCGACCAGCUUACACCCAUCAACAAUGUUCUCCGCUCUGGCCUUCGCUUUUACAUCAACUGCUCUGCAGCUCAAAGGUUUCCACUCUUUGUAGAAACCAAGGACCAGCAUUCUGAUUUAAAGGUUGAAGUGAUUACAUUUUGUCAUUCGCUAAAAUGCAACACCUGCAUUUUUCUUUAAAUGGAAAAGAAAAACAGCACAGUAAUAGAAGUAAAAUCAUAGGCAAUAGUGGGAUAAUAUUUGCAAAAUACAUGUUGACGUUGCUGUGUGGAAAAAAAGACUUCCGCUCAUUUGCUGUCCACGCCCUGUGGGAGCAUCUUGGACCUCAAAAAAUGUGAUUUACUCUUGGAAAUACAUGUUUUGGAGAGAAAGUCCAACCUGAUGUGAUUCAGCUCUCAUUUUCUUUUUACUUUUUUCUUUUUUUUUGAUGUGUGCAAUUACUGCACAUUUGACUGAAUGGACAGCCAAUAUGCUGCACAAUGAAUCAUUCUCUGCAUAACUGCACUUGUGUCUGUCAUGUUAAUGAGCUUGAUUCGGUUGAAGCAAAAGGCAAUUGGAAAGUUAGUCUGGACCUAAAUAUGAAGACAAAAUAUUGACAACAGACUUCAUAAAUGCAUUGUUUGGGUAGUGAUGCGUAAAAUUGCUGAAAUCAUUUAAAAGUAGGAUUUGUCAGACAAUGACAGUGUAAAAGACAGUGACACAUCCACUGGUAGAAAAUCAUUUUCUCUCAGUGCUAGGUGAAGAUAAUUUUCUGUAAAUUUGGUUUGUGGUUUCACAUUACUAGUAAAACAUAAUUUUGUAAAUAUGGCACACAAGUGUCCACUCUGUUGCUGUGUGCUGCAGUUAGCUUGUAUACAGUGUCUGUAUUAUGAAAUUUGACAUUAGUACAGGUGAUUAAGGUCCUUCUGCUUGAUCCAGCCUAGCUGUGACUUUUUUUUUUCAAAUGUGAAGAGAUAUGAUUCCUGUCUCGUGUGGUUGCAGAUAAGCUUUUUAUAUUUAUGUUUGGGGAUAAAGUCAAUUCUAUCUUAAACUCAAGUUCUUCUUAAAUAUCAAAUAGUCUGUAAUAACAACAAAAAGUAUUUACAACGAUGUCAGUGCAAAAAUAAAUGCUACCAUUGAUAUUUCAACUGAGAAAACGACAAAUGAUGGUUUGACAAAUAAGCAGUGUGUAAAUACCCACAAGCAAAGCAAAUGCCAAAAGACAAACGCCAGCAGUCAUUCAUUUCUAACAGUUGCUGCUGAUAUGAAUGGAGGAAAUUAGGAUAACAACAGUUGCUUGAGAGCAGCGAUUGUCACAGACAUUCCAGGAAAUGUAAUGAUUUGCUUUUAAAACACCCUUACCAUUUAUAAGAUGUUUACUGUGCAUGUCCCAUUAACGCCUCCUUUUAAGAUCUCUUGGCAUCUAAAGAAAAGUCUGUACUGGCACUCAAUUGAAGACAAUGUGCUUUCACAGUCUGUUUUUUUCCUUAAGAUUGAUUAUUUGGCCAUUAAGAAAAAGAUAAUAAUAAUAAUUAUGCUCUAUCGUUACUACUUGCAUGAACAUUUGAAUUUACAAUGAACAAAGACAAGACUUAUAACUGACCCAUUAAUAAAUUAUCCAAAAUGUAGAUUUUUAUGUAGUGUUUUCCUGAAAAACAAAAAUGGAACCGGUUACCUAUGCUGAUUGUAACAGAUGAGAUCAGAUAGCGGAUCCAGGCCCAUCAUCUUUUUCCUCCAAUAGCCAGUUUAUCUUGUCUUUCAGUAUAUAAGGGAUUCUAGUAUGGCAGGAUUAUAAGAUGGCACCUGGCAAACAGACUGCUAUUGUCAGUCAGAUCAUAUCAGUCCUUGUGCUGAGAGACAGAAGCGGACAAGGACAGAGCCUGUUGAGGACAGGCUACUCAGUGGACAGGAGAGGUGAUGUAUAUUGUCAGGAACACAACCCACCUUUUUUGGCACGAUGAUGGAAUACAUAACCUAAAGAACGUGCCUCAGAUUUAUAAAGCAUGUCACACAACCAGAAUGGCUGAAAGGUUUGCUUUAUGUUAUAUAAAAGAUGGAAAAAAAACAAAUUGUCCGCUGAAACUGAUCUAUAAAAGUUAAAAGGAAAGACACAGCCUGCCAGCACCUCAAAAACUAACCAAAAAAAUUAAAAGUACAAAAGCCAGAGUUUGAGAGCUGCCGUUUGCCUUUUUAUUUACUGCACUAGUUUUUGAGCUGUUAUGGACAACUGCUGCUUCCAUGAUAGAGAAAGAAGGUAUGUCUCCCUGCGUUGCUUACUGGGACAGGAGUUUAAGGAAUGUUAGUCCUUCAGUAAAUGCCACAAGGGUUUUUUUUACAUUUAUUGUUCUUUGCCCAUUUGGUUUUUGGUAGGCCUACAUCUGUAAAUCUAGAGAAGAUGUGGCGAGAUGAAGAAGAGAAAAGAAAGGGAUUCAGAAGAAAUUGUGGCCCUCCAUUUCAGCAACCAGUUAAUAUGCCAGCAUUUGUGCCAAAAUCUCAUCCACAACUAAAUUCAAUUCCCUUUUAGCGUCCAAUUUCUUAAAGAGAUUAUUUGUUCUCCUUCCAAAAGAUUUGGCAGUGGUUUAUUUCAGCCAUAUGUAGUGGAGUUUUAUAAGUCUAUGUUCACAAUAAA